GCCUUGUGAAGUAAGUUGUGUAGUGAACAUAAAGUCAUUGCUUCAACUUUUCAAGGGUGUUCCAGCUGUGAAGACAGAUGAGAAACAAACACUUUGUUUUCAUAGGGUUCGGGGAGAGAAAUACUUCUCCUACAGUGAGCAGAUGUCUUCUGGGAUUAUCUUCUUUCCAUUAGCUUGCUUUGAAUAACUUGCAAUCACCUGAACAUUCACACAUUUGAAAUUGAUUUUGUCAUCAUGUAUUAGAAUAACAAAUAUUCGUAGAUUCAAACACGAUGAGUGGUGCUACAGAUCCUCAACCAAUUCCAAGCGAUGGAAGGGGCCGCACUGCUACAGUUGGCUCCACAACUGCUUCGAGUGAAAGCACUGGCGCGAUGCGCGCGGGCGAUGUAAACAAGCUGGUCCUCAAUCCGGCCAUGUCUAAAGUGCAGAACAUUGCUGUGUAUGGGACGAAAACGCGAUUUUACUUGAUUGGUUCCAACAACACCGAAACUGUAUUCCGAGUGUUGAAAAUCGACCGGACGGAGCCACGCGAACUUGUAAUCAUUGAUGACAAGAUCAAGUACACAAUGCGGCAGAUCCGAAACUUGUUGACUAUGAUCGAUAGUGGAAACAAACAGCAGCCAGGAAGAGCGUACUCCAAAUCAGGUGGCCUUCAAAAGACUGCGUCGGGCUUCGGACUUCUUGGAUUUGUUCGUUUCCUUGAAGGCUACUACCUGAUUCUCAUCACCAAGAAAACAUGUGCUGCGUUGAUCGGUGGACAUGCCAUACACAAAGUAGAAGACACCCAGCUGAUAUACAUUCCGCAUGAAGGUCGCGGCAGACAUGAUCCGAACGAGGCCAAAUAUGCACAGGUCUUUCAGAAUGUGGAUCUGUCGAGUUCCUUCUACUUUAGUUACUCUUACGACAUCACACAUCCGCUACAGCAUAACAUGCGUACACGCGGCUUCUGGGAGCGUGUGCAGCGUUCCAAGUCACCGGCAAUACCCUGGCGGCCGUGCUCCAAGUUUGUCUGGAAUGAGUACCUGCUGGAGAGCGCACACUGCACCAUGUCUGACGAAUGGGUGCUGGUAGCCACGCAGGGCUUCAUCAGCCAAGCCAAUAUCUCCGUGUACGGCCGGCCUAUUUACAUCAGCCUAAUAGCGCGGCGCUCCAAGGAGUACGCUGGCUGUCGUUUUCUCAAGCGUGGAACGAACGAUGUGGGUCACGUUGCCAAUGAAGUGGAAACGGAGCAGAUUGUGCAUGAUGCUGCCCAUCUCUCGCACAACACAGGUCGCUUUACGUCGUUCGUUCAAGUUCGCGGUUCCGUUCCUUUAUUCUGGUCACAGGAUCCAUCUGGCAUGACUCCCAAGCCUCCCAUCGGUAUUGAUAGGAACGACCCGUACUUCUCGUCCGCUGCCAUGCACUUCAACAGUCUUUUCGAGCGCUAUGGCACACCAGUGUUUGUGCUGAACCUGGUUAAGAAACGUGAGCGUCGACCUAGAGAGUCAAUCUUGAGUGACAACAUGCAGCUAGCGCUGAACUAUCUGAAUCAGUUUAUUCCUCCCGAGCUGCACAUUCAGUAUGUUCACUUCGACAUGGCACGCUACUCCAGAAGCAAAGACAGCAAUGUACUGGACAAGUUGGAUCAAAUAGCAGAGAAGGCGUUUGCGGAGACCGGCUUUUUCCAUGCUGGACCCGAGCUGCUGUGCAAUCAACACUACCGUGGAGAAUGCUACAAGAGAAUAGGUGGUGUUGGAUACCGGCCAGGACAGCCCUUCCGCCUGCAGACUGGUGUGGUGCGCGUCAACUGCGUGGACUGCCUGGACCGGACGAACACGGCGCAGUUUGUUGUCGGAAAGCGUGCACUGGGAUUCCAGUUGUUUGCUCUCGGCGUUGUGGAUGAUCCCAUUUUGGAGCUGGACACCGACUGCAUGCGGAUGUUUGAAGGCCUGUAUGAAGGUCAUGGUGACAUCAUUGCACUGCAAUAUGGUGGCUCUCAGCUUGUGCACAGAAUUCGCACGUAUCGCAAGCUCUCUCAGUGGACCAUCCACUCUCGUGAGAUCAUGAAUACGAUAUCACGCUACUACAGCAACACAUUCAACGAUCAUGACAAGCAAUGUGCCAUCAAUGUGUUUCUCGGAAAGUACCAACCGGCGCGUAACCGUACUCCCAUCUGGGACAUGCCCACGGAUUACUACCUGCAUCACUUGGAGGCAGCAGGCUUCACGCCACUGCGAGAAAGUUACACAGCAUGGCUUUCACAGCAUCUCUACACAUCCAUUCCAUUACCGUAUCAAGAGCAAGUGGAGCUAGCGUCAGAUGACAGUGACGUCUGCUCUUCGCCAGAUCCAACUUCACCACUAUCCACAUCCCCACCAUCCACAUCCCCACCAUCCACAUCACUGCCACCGGCGUAUGACUCGGCUUCUCGCCACAGUAGCCUCAGCCACAGCACCAGUCGCCACAGCACGGCCAUAUUUGGCGGUAAGACGGGCAUGAGGUCGGGCACGUACCUGAAGCACACGUUCCUGGACCACUAUCAGCCUUGGGAACUCUCUGGCUUUGAGGACUACGAGUUCUGCCACAGCAUGCUUACCACACUACAGUUCGUGCUUGCAGAUAAAGCCAACCCAAGUCCUUUUGUGGUACGCAAGAAAGUCAAGAAGCACAUGACGCCUCAGGCCGGCGUUGGCCCACGGCGCAUAGUGGCUGGCUCUCCGGCCGUGCACACCAACCAGUCGGGCAGCAGUACUGAUGACGAUGCUGACACUUCCGAUGAAGAGCAUGCGGUGGACGGUGCCUCCACUGGCCACGGUGAUGAUGCAGAAAAGGUACCCACAUUGCCUGGUGAACGUCGUGAGUUUGACCUGGCGUUUCCUAACAGUGGUGAUUUCCAGCACUACAUGAGGCAUGCUGACCAGUUCACAUCUGCUUCCGGGCCCAAGGAGCCAAUGUCAUCACCAUUGUCUAUGCUCAACGACAGUCUCUGGUGCACCUCUCCCGUUCGUCCAUUCACAAGCACGAGCUAUGAAGCCAAUCAACCGAUAGUGUCCAUGAGUUCUUACGACACAUAUGCAGCGGCGGUGGAUGUAGCACACCACGGCGCCCGCUACCCAUCACAUGAAGAGUAUGAAGUGUACAAGGUGUUCUGCAAAGCUGCGUAGAGUAUCAACACACUCUGUAGGUAUUUCUUUGACGUGACGCUCCACUGUUUUAGUCACCAAUCUUCCUUUGUACGUACAUGCAGCAUCUCCUGUUCAAUUUUUUAAAUGUAUUCUAUGGAAGAUGUAGUUGUGUUUUGUACCGCUUUUUUUAACCAGUUUUAUCAAAUAUGUUUCAACAAUCUAUUCUCCUUCAACCACCUGUGGGUGAGUGAUCGUCCUGUUUCUCACCCUCUCUGCUUUGUUUCAAACUUUUUCUGAUGGUGAACAAUAUGUACCUGUGAGCCCUGCUGUACCACAGGCUGCUACUGGCUCGCCGCUACAUUAUCUGCUACAAUCCGCCAGCACAACAUCUUCUGUGCUAAUUGUGUUCCUUUUCACCCUGCAACUUACAAUGGAUGUGACUUUUUGCAACUCAAGCUGAGCAUUAGGUAGUUAGGAUUGGCGAAGUCUGUUUCCUUGCUCUUUGCCAUGAUUUAUAAUCGCUAGUGUAUUUGUUAUAAUCUUACUCUUAGCUUUCCAGCUCCUCUAGCAUUAGUAGAGUGUGAUCUCGCGCACACUGCUGUACAAACCCUUGUGUACCUGGCUUUUGUCACUAGCCCGCUGAUUGUAUUCCACUUGUCUGCCCAACAUGAAACACACAACCAACUGCUUUGGCAUUUUUGCAGAAUUAUGUUCUUGGCCCGAGCCAGGCCUUUUUUGUUUGUAAUUGUUGUAUUCCCUCCCGGUGCAGUGCACUGGUAUAUAUAUUAUGUCAGUUAUUUGAACUUUCUCUUCAUGAUACAAAUUUUAAAAAUUUCACUUGCGGCAUCAUUGCCGUACAGUGUAACGGACAACCAUGACAUUAUUUCAAUCUGAUACUUCAGUAAAAUAUUUUUCGAUAUAUCCGUUUCAAUGUGAAUCAUGCUAUCUCUAAGCUGCUUGCUGUUGGCUGUCUGUCAAAUGCUUUUUUCCCCAUGAUUCUCUUCCAAGAAACAUCACUGUUUUGUCAUGCGACUAUGUUCUGCCGAUCA